AUGCAUUUACUCAAAAGUAAAGCGUAUGUUGAGGGCAAAUGGGUGACUGCAGCGAGUGGCGAAGAAUUCACUGUACAGAAUCCUGCCGAUGAUUCGGUUAUAGCAUCAGUGCCGGAUAUGACAGCUCCGGAUGCUAAAAAAGCUCUUGACGCAGCUGCUGACGCUUUCCAGACCUGGAAGUCUUAUACAGCUAAAGAACGUUCCAAGAUUAUAAGGAAGUGGUAUGAGGUAGUCGAAGCACAUACUGAUGAUCUAGCCGCGAUUGUAACUGCUGAAAGUGGAAAACCAUUAUCGGAAGCUAAAGGUGAAAUAGCUUACGGCAAUUCGUUUUUGGAGUGGUUUGCUGACUGUGCUCGCCAUAUCAAUGGAGAAAUUUUAACAAGUCCCUGGCCCAACAAACGUAUAUUGGCUACAAGACAACCACUUGGUGUUGUAUCUGUUAUUACUCCAUGGAAUUUUCCUUUUGCUAUGAUCACCAGAAAAGUUGGAGCUCUGAUGGCUGCUGGAUGCACUUGUGUUAUUAAACCUGCUGAAGACACCCCUCUAUCUGCCUUAGCAGCUGUUGAACUGGCAGAAAGGGCCGGAGUACCAAAGGGUGUGAUAAAUGUUGUCACUUGCAGUAGGAAAAAUGCUGCAGAUGUUGGAAAACAAAUGUGUGAGGAUUCUCGUGUCAGAUGCAUUUCAUUUACUGGAUCUACCCAUGUUGGGAAAUUGCUGUAUGGACUUGCAGCAAAAGGAAUUAAACGGGUGGCUCUUGAAUUGGGAGGAAAUGCUCCUUUUAUUGUUUUUCCGAGUGCUGACAUAAAGCGUGCUUUGGAUCAGGCAAUGCUUGCUAAAUUCAGAAACAAUGGGCAAGCAUGUGUUGGUGCUAAUAGAUUCCUAAUACAUGAAGAUGUGUAUGACAAAUUUGUUGAAGGAUUUAAAGAACGGAUUCAAACUCAUUGCAUAUUAGGACCGGGGACAAAAGAAGGAGUGACAUGCGGCCCCCUUGUUAAUGCAGAGCAAGUAAAUAAAGUUGCUGGUUUUGUAGCAGAUGCAACACAAAAAGGUGCUAGGGUUCUGACUGGUGGCAAGAUUGCUGCUGAUCUUGGCUCAAAGUACUUUGAAUCAACACUUCUUGAUAAUGUUACACCUGACAUGAAAGUGUAUAAUGAAGAAGUUUUUGGGCCAAUUGCAACUAUUGUUAAGAUUAAGAGUGAGAAGGAAGCUGUAGAGAUUGCUAACAAUACUAACAGUGGUCUGGCUGCAUAUGUUUUCACUAAGGAUCUGGGACAAGCAUUUAGAAUGUCAAGGGACCUUGAAUUUGGGAUGGUUGCUAUAAAUGAUGGCCUACUGUCUACUGCAGAAGCACCAUUUGGUGGCAUUAAAGAAUCAGGUAUUGGUCGGGAGGGCAGUAUGCACGGUGCUGAAGAGUACACUGAGAUUAAAAUACAAGAAGUAGACGACAGUUUCUUCGAAAAGUUUGGUUCAAUUCUAAAGCAAGCUUCUCAAAAGGCGGCGUUAGAGGAAUCAACUCCUUUAGCACCUCUGAAAGAAGUUGAAGAACAAGAUGGGGAGCAGAAAGUUGAACAGGACAGUAAAAGUAUCUUAAGAGAUUCUGAUAGUGGGAAUGAGACUUUACUGGACACUGAUUCUGAACCAGAAGAACACGAUAAAAUAGAUCGCUAUGUCGAGGCUGUGGGCUGGAAUGUCGAUGAACUUUAUUUGGAGGUACUUUACGAGAUCCUACACAAUGUCGGGGGAUGUGACGUAGGGUGCGAGGUAGGACAGCUUGCUAUGCUGUCCUACAUACAAGAAGCUUUCAAAAUAGCUAAUGAUAAACACACAGAACUGCUCACACAAGCUGAAGCGAAGGAACCACCGGAGUUAAUGCUUAAUGUGGAAGUGGUUGAGGCAAAAGACUUGGUUCCUAAAGACCCGAAUGGUCUAAGUGAUCCUUUUGUCACAAUAUAUUUGAUGUCAAACCCGUCACAUAGGUAUAAUACUUCAGUCAAGUCUGGAACUCUAAACCCGUCAUGGGAGGAACAUUUUUCUUUGCCAAUGCCAGGAAGUGUGCAAGAAGAUUCCCUUGUAUUGGAAGUGUGGGACUUUGACCCCGCGGAGACCGUUAAGGAGAAAAUGACGAAGAUAUUUGAAGUAAAAGGGGUGAAGGGGCUCAGGAAGUUAAUGAAAGAGAUAGCUAUCACUGCUUCUACGGGGAAGCAUGAUAAUGAACUGAUUGGUACAUCUAAUAUUCCACUUAAAACAAUUCCCGCUGGAGGUAUGAACAUGUGGUACAGUCUUAGCAAGAAGAGCAAGCUAAGACGACAAGGCGUUGUCAAAGUACGGCUCAACUUUUCCUCAGAGAAGAAUUCUCAAGUAGCAGCUCAAGAACAUAGGCACCUCCUCAGGAUCAUACUGCUACACGAACUGGAAAACUCAAAGGUAGCACCAUACUGGUGGUGCGGCAACUACAGCGCAGCAGCGGAAGCCAUCUUGACACAGCACGUGGCGCAGAGUGGCCUCAGCGCGACCGACAACUGCCUGGCGCAGUGGGCCGUCUACUGCGCCGUCACCACCGACCACCCACUCAGCUUCGCACUCUUCAACACCUUGCUCGAUAAACUCACCAAACCCUUACAAUCGGGUCUUAUAAAUGAAGAGGACGUCAAGCUGUUCUGGGAUGGCGCCCGGAAACUUCUCCCAACUUGCUACAGUCACAUUAGGAAACUAAGGAAGAAGACUGCUGGCGACAAAACUGUCAUGAAGACGCUCAGAGAAGUCCUGAAAAUUCUAUACAAGUUGUCCGUGUUGGAUGCUCCGGAGAGCUUAGACUUGUUCCCAGUGAAUCUGUACGGAUGGCUGAGGGAUGAUAAGGAAAAGCUAACGAUCCACAUGGUGCUGGAGCAGGCUGUGAUACAGGGUGCUUCGGAUUGGUUCGUUCACAUUCUGGACAACAACGAGUGUAAGGACAACACAGAGGACACAAGGCUACAACAUUUGAUCAGGGUCAUACAGUUAGUUCGAUCAGAUCUUCAGCGAGCCGUCGAGUAUUAUGACAGAGUGUUUGUUGAAGUCAUGGGCUUCCCAUAUUCUAAGGCUUUGUACGGGUUGUACGAAAGCAAAUUGGCGUCGUUGGUGGAGUCCGAGGUGGUGGAUGUUUGUAAGAGUUUGAAGAGGUUGCGAUACAGCGAGGGGUCAACCACUACUCUGGCUGGAGGCAUCAACGGAGAGACGGGGCUAGGGGCCUCCUCAGUCGGGUCUGAACCUCUGACUAUGGGGACAACUUUGUUUGAGCUGUAUCUUACUCUACAAAGGUUUUUAACAUUGGGCCAAGGGCUAAACGAGACAGACUGGCAAUCAUACGCCAUAUCAAAAUUCCAUGCGUGGUUCUUUGGGGGCGUGGCCCAGUGGUUGGACAUCGCCGCAUACAAGGCACUCACGCGCAUCGAGAAGGCCGUGGACCUUGAUACUUUGGCCCCAGUGGACACAAACGUCAAGUACAGUAGUUCCGGAGUCGAUACCCUUGCAAUAUUCUACCAGAUCAAGAUAUUCUGGCAGCAACUGGCGUGGCCCGAUGUCGAAGGAUGUUAUACAUUUGUAGCCAAAAUUAUUGAUGACAUCUGUCGCUGUUGCGUAUUCUAUUCGGACAAGAUGGCGAGUCGCGUGGAUAACGUGGGGCUGGUAAGCAAUGUAUACGAGGAGCGGUUUGAGGUGACCACAGAUUGGUGCGUCGCCAUCAACAACAUUGACUACGUGCGUCAGAGUCUCACGCCCUUCGUGCAGGAACUCGGCAUGGAGGAAAUCAUACAGAAGAUGUGUGAAGCCCGCUCUCCUGUGGAGGCACAGAGAUGUAAGGAGACACUUCAGAACGUCAUCGCAAAUGCAAUAGAUACUGUAAGGAAUAAAAUAGUGGACCUUUUGGAAAUUAUGGUCAGAAAGAUGAUGCCGUCCAUUACACGGUUUUUGAUGGAAGGAGCGGAACUCCUACACCAAGAUUGUUCGAGUAUGGACCGUGUUAUGCGCUAUUUGGAAGCAAAUUUAGACACUUUAUACCAACACUUGAACAACGAAAACUUCUCCAGGACACUGGAAAUAGUAUGGGAACAACUGGGCGAAGUUUUGUAUGAACUGAUACAAGCAAAUUUGGAGAAACGCCGACCGCCAUCUUUCUUCUCGAAUCUUCACGAAUGUGUUAAAAUAAUGAUACGUUCGUUCCGUCAAGACAAUAAAGACACAUAUUCAUCGGAAACUUUGAAACGUGUCGAGUAUUUGUUGAAACUUCAUGGUAUGGAGACUAGAGAACUCAUUCAUCAGUUCCACUUGGAAAGGUGGCAAGAGCAACAGACGAUACAAGAGCCCAAGAUGGGCAUGCUGACUGUCAGAGCGCAAUUCAUAGACGACAAUUUAAAGAUUGAGAUUAUGAACGCGAGGAAUUUAACGCCAGCUGACUCUAAUGGUCUCUGCGAUUCGUACGUUCGAGUGGCCUUGCUUCCUGAAGAUUCUUUUGCCAACGUACAGAAGCCCAAAACACAAACACAUAACAAAAAUUUGUUCCCGCUGUAUGAUGAAAUAUUCCAGAUCCCUCUAACACCAGAGCAGCGGAGACUAACAGACGGUCUGAUCCACUUAGUGGUGAAGGACAAAGACAUGUUCAGUGUGAGCAACACGUUCGUGGGCGAGGCGUACUUACACUUCAGCGAGGUGCCAGACACACCUGCACCCAUCUCCAGUCUACCGCAGCAGUUACUGCCACUCUCCAGACCUACUAGUAUAGACGGCGAGGCCAUCAAAGCUCUAGAAACUCGGCAAGGCGAUAGACAAGCUCGAGACUUUAUUAAGAAACAAAGGGCUAAGUUCCCUAACACAAAGCAAUUCUUCUCACUCGGCUGAGAAACCUUCCUAUAGCUUAGAAUUAAACAAAUUGGUAUAUUUAUUUGAGUUGUAAAUAGCAGGAUCGUGUAUGGGCCCCAAAGGUAGGAUGUCAAAAAGUAACUUUUUAUUGCGCCGUAGACCACUGCAAAUAGUAUUUACUAAAUACCAAUACUAAAUAUGUAUACAAA